AUGUAUUCUAAAUGCUACCUAUGUGAAAAUAGAUCGCAACUGAGAGAUGAUAAUUGUUCUUAAUUAGCUGAAGAUGAAUAAGUUCUAUAGAAUAAUGUGAUGAUAUAAAUUAUGAAUCAAAUGAUGUGUGCUUUUUCAAUAUCGACCUAAACUCCCUCUUUCUUGUUUGAUUUAUGUAGAUAUAUCUACUUGAAUGAUUUAUGA